AUGAAUUAGUAGUAUUGAUUCAAAGGUCUUAUCUGUUUGAUGCUGAGAAUGAAAAUGAUAUAAGUGAAGACUAUGAAGAUGAAAAUAAUGGAGAAUCAGAUAAUGAUUUAGAGAUUCCUAAUCAUCAAGUAGUAGUUCUUGUUAUUAAUAACAUUGAAGAUUUGCAUCAUCAAGCAUUUAAUCAAAAGAAUUAG